AUGUCGCCAUCUGAGUAUUCUGUGCCACCUUCCAAGUGGUCCUCAUUUCCUACUCGACAACCCAAUACUCAGCGACGGGCAGGUCCCUUGCCCGACAGCUCCUGGUCCAAAUCCCCCGUAGCCAGUACAGCAGCCGCCGCACCCACCAGCCCAUCAAGUCAAUACAAUAUCCCACGAACCUCCAUUUUCAACCGCUACCGGAUACAGCCACGCACCUCUCGAUUCGAGUCGGAACCACCGGCGGGGGAUCCGCCCACCUACGAAGCUUCCCAACGUUCCCAGCAAGACCACAGGGCGAAACCCCUCCCAGCAAUCCCCCAAAAUUCCGCGCAGAUUGACCAAGAUGAUCGAUUCGCAUUUCUCAAAGACUUCGACACCAUCUUCCUCGUCGAUGAUAGUUCCAGCAUGAGCGGGCGCCGCUGGACCGAAGCCGAGGAAGCCAUCUCGGCUAUCGCUCCUAUUUGCACCAAAUACGACGCGGACGGGAUCGAUAUUUACUUCCUGAAUCAUCAUCCCGUGCCCCCCGCGUCCACAACGGGUGGCUACUGCAACGUCACCACGGCGGAAGGCGUCCGCAAGAUCUUCCGCAGCGUCCGACCUGAACGCGCGACCCCGGUCGGUCGACGUCUCCUGCACAUCUUGCAACCGUAUCUCCGUCGUGUACAGGCUAUGCAGACAGCUCGUGCCGCCAAUGGAGGUGUACUGGAUCCAUCACUCUACGCCAAGCCGGUGAAUAUCAUCACGAUCACGGAUGGCCAAUUCACCGACGAUGCGGAGAGCGUCAUCGUGCAGGUGGCGCGGACAUUGGAUCGUGCAGGCUGUGAUGUGCUGCCGUGGCAAGUGGGGAUUCAAUUCUUUCAGAUUGGUGAGAACGAGUGUGCGAGACGUUUCCUUCAGGAGUUGGAUGACGACUUGGGCCGAUUGUGUCGCGAGGAGAAGGUGCGGGAUAUUGUGGACACGGUGCCGUGGCGCGGGAUCUCGGGCCACGUGCUUGAUGCCGAGGGGAUCUUGAAGUGUGUGUUGGGUGCGGUGAAUAAGAAAUAUGACCGACGUGAUCGAUCUGCUUAG